AUGAGUAAGUGCAGAAAGCCUCCAGUUCAUCAGAUAACAAGUUCUGAGAUGUUUAGCCCAGAUGUUCUUGCUGACAUUUUUGAACUCUUUACCAAGAAUCUUUCUUACUGUAAGUCACUUAAUAAUGAGUGGCAGUUACCAGAUUCCAGUGAGAUUUCCACCGGUGACCACACGGAAUUUAAUGCAUUUCUUGAUUUGAAGAACUCCCUAAAUGAAGUAAAAAACUUACUGAGUGAUAAGAAACUGGAUGAGUGGGAUGAACACACUGCCUUCACUAAUAAAGCUGGAAAAAUAGUUUCUCAUGUGAGAAAGUCUGUGAAUGCUCAACUUUGUGCUGCAGUGUGGUGUAAGUUUCAUGAGAUUUUGUGCAGCUUUCCACUUUUUCCACAGGAAGCUUUUCAGAAUGGAAAACUGAAUUGUCUACACCUUUGUGAAGCUCCUGGAGCUUAAGCUAGUCUCAAUCAUUACUUAAAAUCCCAUAGGUUUCUGUGGAGUUGGGUAGCCAAUACUCUGAAUCCAUACCAUGAAGCAAACGAUAAUCUUAUGAUGAUUAUGGAUGACCGGCUUAUCACAAAUACCUUGCAUUGGUUGUACUUUGGCCCAGAUAACACUGGUGAUAUCAUGACCCUGAAAUAUCUGACUGGACUUCAGAAUUUCGUAAGCAGCAUGGCUACCAUUCAGUUGAUCACUGCAGAUGGGAGUUUUGAUUGUCAAGGAAACCCAGGUGAACAAGAAGCUUUAGUCUCUUCUUUGCAUUACUGUGAAGUUGUCACUGCUCUGACAAUUCUUGGAGUUGGUGCUUCUUUUGUUCUGAAGAUGUUUACUUUGUUUGAACAUCGUUCCAUAAAUCUGAUGUACCUGCUGAACUGUUCUUUUGACCAAGUUUAUGUUUUCAAGCCUGCUGCUAGCAAGGCAGGAAACUCAGAAGUCUGUGUGAUAUGUCUCCACUAUAAGGGACAAGAGGCCAUUUGUCCUCUGUUAACCAAGGUGAUGCUGAAUUUUGGGAAUGAAAUGACCAGAAAAGCUCUUUUCCCCCAUCAUGUGAUUCCCGAAUUUUUUCUUAAAAGACAUGAAGAAUGCUGUGUGUUCUUUCAUAAAUAUCAGCUAGAGGCUAUUUCUGAGAACAUUCACCUGUUUGAGUUCAUGGGAAAAGAGGAACAAGCAAAGCUGCAUCAUUUAAGGAACUGUGCUGUACAAUAUUUCAUGCAAAAGUUUCAACUGAAGCCUCUUUCCAGAAAUAAUUGGCUAGUAAAAAAAUCUAAUAUUGGUUGUAGUACAAAUACAAAAUGGUUUGGGCAGAGGAACAGAUAUUUUAAAACCUAUAAUGAAAGGAAGAUGCUGGAAACCCUUUCAUGGAAAGAUAAGGUGGCUAAAGGAUACUUUAAUAGUUGGGCUGAGGAACAUGCUGAAUAUCAUCCUCGGCAAAGUUCUCUUUUGGAAGGCACAGCUUCCAAUCUUGAGUGUCACUUAUGGCAUGUUUUAGAGGGAAAGAAAUUGCCAAAUGUAAAGUGUUCUCCUUUCUGUGAUGGUGAAAUUUUGACUCUUAAUGAAGCAAUUAAAAAGUCAUUAGAAGGAGCUCUGAAUUUGGAUUCCAAGUUUAGGCCAAAACAACAGUAUUGCUGUUGUCGUGUUUUUUCUGAAGAACUGAUAUUUUCUGAGUUGUUUAGCCUUACCAAGUGCCUUCAGGAUGGGCAGAUUGUAGGACCCAGCAACCAAAUAAAGUGCCUGAUUGUGGGUUUGCCAACUCUCCAUGAUAUAAAAAUGCACAUACCACUGGAAGUUCGAUUCCUUGAAUCUCCUGAACUCAUGAAUUUCAUCUGUUCAUUGCUUCAUGAUGGAGACCCAGUUUACCAACAGUUAUUUUUGGACUGCCUUCUGUAUUCAUUACAGCGGCUUCAUACAGGAGAUGCUAUGAUUUUGCCUGUACUUCCUUGUUUCACAAGAUUUAUGGCCGGUUUGAUCUUUGUGCUCCACAGCUGUUUUAGACUCAUCACAUUUUCUUGUCCCACAUCCUCUGCGUCCCUGAGGCGUUGUGCAGUCCUGCUAUGUGUUGGUUAUCAGGAUCUUCUGAAUCCAGUUUUCCACUACCUGCAGAAUGUGAAUGAAUUGUUGAGCACCGUGCUCAACACUGAUGCACCCCAGCAGGUUUUACAGUUUGUGCCGAUGGAGGUGCUCCUUAAGGGGGCACUACUUGAUCUUUUGUGGGAUUUGAAUGCUGCCGUUGGUAAAAGGCUUUUGCAUUUGAUUAUUCAAGGAGAGAGAGAAGAGAUCAGCAGCAGCCUUCAGUUAUGA